CAUGGGGUCUGGCUUUUAUCCUAGGGAAAUGAGCAAUGGCCUCAUUGGAGGGAUUUAAGCAGGAGAGUAGCGGAUCAGAUUGUUUUGUUUUGUUUGCGUUAUUUUGUCUUUUCAGAUAGGUGUUUUGACGGCUGGUGCAGAGGAUGGAUUUUGGAGAGGAUUUGGAGGCUGAAAGUGCAGCAAAACCGAUGUUGCACUAUUUGAGAGAGAGAUGGUGAAGGCGGUGUCAGUGGGAAGGAGGGGACUGAUCCGAGAGCCGUUAUGAGGUGGAUUCUCUAGGACAUGGUGACUGCUUGGAUGUGUGGGGUGGUGAGGGAUGAAAGAAAGCCUAUGGUGACUGCCACGUUUCUGGCUUGGUGACUUGGGGCGGGUGUUGGUGCCAUUCCCUGAGAUGAUGACACACCUUUGUGGGGCAGAAUGAUGAGUUCAGUUGUGGAUAGUUUGAGUUUGAGGUGCCUGUGGGAUUCCUGGAGGGAGAGGGCCAGCAAGAAGACCGAGACAGGCAGAGCAGCUGAACCAGGUCUGGAACCUUGGCCUCCUGGGUCCCAAAGCAGGGGUCCUUUGUUGUCUCCUGACUUGUUCAAGUGACUUCCUGGAAUACAUGGCCGUGGCCACCAGAUACUGCUGCUCUCUGCUCAUGUCUGUCCAUACAUUUGGACUAAGACCCCGGACUGUCCACAACUGCCUGGGGCACACCCAGCAGCACAGGAUCCAAUCCCCAGAUGUGACAUUGUGAGGGCUUCUGAGGGACAGUUCAGUUCAGUAACCCUCUAUCGGGAAAGCUCUGUGGGAGCUGCAGAGACAAGCCAGACCUGGUUGAAUCCCGCCAUCAAGGAGCCCACGUGGUGGUGAAAUACCAUGGAUGCAAAGCAGAAUGGGAUGGAUACCGAGUGAAAGAUACCAACAAAGUGCUGUGGGACGUAAAGGAAAGAGAGACUAUUCAAAGUGCACCAGGAAAGGCUGUGUGAGAGAGCUGGUGUCUAAGGUGGCUUGGAAAAAUAGUCCCAGGUCUCGCCAGAGGUCAGCAUGAGCGAGACACCAAGGUGCAGGCAGUACAGACACUGUAGCGAGGGGGUCACCAUGUGAAGGGGGUUAGUGGAACAUCGGGCUGGAGAAGUGGGGGGCUGGGUCCUGGAGGACUUGAACUCAACUGAAGAGUUAGGGCUUCAUUCUGUGGUUAAUGGGAGCCAUCGUAGGUUCUUGAGUGAGGCAUCAGCCAGGGUCUGGCCAAAGUAGGACAAGCGUGAGUGAUAUAAGGGGUCUGUUGUAGAGAACAGAGCUGUCGAUUGUGGGAGCAGUUGGAGAAGCCUGUGCAAAGCUGGGCCUCUGCACCUGGUGUCGGGCCUGAAGCUGCUCUUGGGGGGCGUGAAGGGGGAGGUGAGGACAGACCGGAGCCCGUGUCUGGGCCUCGCUGCCUUCAGGCUCAGUGACACUGGUGACCUGCAGGAGGAGCUGGCACUCUCUGGCGUGGCGCUACACUUGGCACGGGCCUCCGAGCAGCUGCAGGCAGCGUGGCAGGAGCUGGAGCAGCUGUGCUGACAGCAAGCAAGGUGCCACAUGGUGGCUACUUUAUCAUCCUGAGUCCCAGAGGGAUGAAGGCGAUGGUGCAGAGCACAUCCCCCAGCCAACCUCUGAUGGACCUGCAGCGGGGCUCUGUUCCAGGUCAUCAUCCUCAGAGACCCUGGCUCCACCACCUGGGACAUCACCAGAACACACCAGAGCAUCUCACACCAGAAGUUAAGUGCUCCGACCCAGAAGUGACUUGUAUCCCAAAUGCCCACAACGCACUGGCCUGUGUAGUCCUACCACAUGCUCAGCUGGAAGAGGACCAGAAACGUUGCAGAGCACUUGGGAAGGUGAGGGGCAUAACAAGAAGAAGCUCCUGUUACAAUUUCCCGGAAAUGCCUGGCUCUGGGAUUCCUGCUUCACAUUCCUCGCUGUGUUAGCAAAGCAGGACCUGCCCGGAAGGGAAGAGGAAGCACAUGCAGAAGGGGGCUUAUGGAGUGUGGAUUUCCGGAGUUAGAGGCCUCUCACUGUUGUGGUCUUUCCCGUUGCGGAGCACAGGCUCCGGACGCGUAGGCUCAGCGGCCGUGGCUCACAGGCCGAGCCGCUCCACGACACGUGGUAUUCUUCCCCCACCAGGACACGAACCUAUAUCUCCUGCAUCGGCAGGCGGACUCUCAACCACUGCGCCACCAGCCCACAGGAGCUGAGAAAACAAAGUCCAGUGACUGUGAGGGCUGAGCAGAGGCUGCCGAAGGGGAGGAAGCAGCGAGGAGCCACCGAGCGGAGGCCGCUGUCAACUCCCAGAUGCUGGGCCUCCUGGGGAGCACGACCCUCGUGGGCUUGAUCAUAGGCGCUGCUGUGGCUCUGCUGUUGCUGCUGCUGCUGCUGGCCGCCUGCUUGUACUGCAGACAGGAGGAGACUGACGUGGAGAGGAACCACCCUGCUGCAAGGAGAAACCGAGUCCGGUGGGCCCAGCCUCCGAUCUCCUCAGGCCGGGGCCACCUGGGACGCUUGCACCAUAUCCGUUAUUCUGGCCGUGUGCCUCACAUGCCCCAUGCGACUCUCCAUCACCACCAUCACCUCGCCCACCACCAUGCCCACCACGCCCACCAGGCCCAGUGAGGCCGCCGCUGAUGCCUGGAUGGCAGCCUGCCCCACCAUCACCAGGAUGCGGGGACCCCGAGGUUCCCGUGCCGAAGGGCACCUCUCGGCGGUGAACGUCGGGACCUGCCUGGGCUUCAUUCGCCUACUGUGCCCCGUGUGCUACGGAGGCGGAGGACUGAAGAGCUCCAGGGGUGGCCCUGACGGGGCUGAGAGCAGGGGUGGUGGUGGUCCUUCGGGGGCGGACACCACCUUGUGACUGUAAGUCCCAACGGGCACCAGAAGUGACGGCCAGUCUGGUGCAGGUGCACAGGGGUGUGGGGAUGCACAGAAGGUGUACCCUGCUCUCUCCAAACAACCAGGCCUCUGGCCAGGGCGGUAGCUGGGAGGUGCCCUGGUAACGCCCUUUCAUUUGCAGAACGUAGCUUGAGGCUGCACAAUCAAGUCAAUGGUGCCUUAAUACAAGAAAAUAAAAACCACUAAGAAGC